CGCUGCAAUGAAGAUGAAAAUGGCCGAUGGAAAUACAGCAGUCCUCCGACGAAAUCGGCCUGGAACAAAAGCUGAGGCAAUUAUAUAGUCAAUUAUUUAGCUAUGUGGUCAAAAUGGAGUGACAUAGCUUAUGAAGAAAUGGAUAAUACAUUAGCUGUACAACAGUACAUACAGCAAGCUAUAAACAAAGAUGUAAAUGAUGUUGAAGGUAUUUUGAAUCAGCCUGAUGGUGUUGAUGAAGGAGUUUGGAAAUAUGAACAUUUACGGCAGUUUUGUAUGGAAUUGAAUGGAUUAUCAGUCAAGUUACAGGCUGAAUGUAAUCCAGAAACAUGUACACAAAUGACAGCAACAGAACAAUGGAUCUUUCUAUGUGCCGCACAUAAAACACCUAAAGAGUGUCCUGCAAUAGACUACACAAGACACACACUAGAUGGAGCUGCAUGUUUAUUAAAUAGUAAUAAAUAUUUCCCAAGCAGGGUCAGUAUAAAGGAAUCAUCAGUAGCAAAAUUAGGAUCAGUAUGCAGAAGAGUUUAUAGGAUAUUUUCACAUGCUUACUUCCAUCACAGAACAUUAUUUGAUGAAUAUGAAAAUGAGACCAACCUUUGUAAAAGAUUUACAAUAUUUGUGACGAAGUACAAUCUAAUGUCCAAAGAGAACUUAAUUGUACCUAUAUUAGAUGACCAAGAAUUAAUAGAAGGAGAGAGUGAAGCAUAAACAAUUAUUCACCACAUUUAUAGUCCAAUUAUUUAAAGUGGAUAGUAACUUGAACAGCAGAGGAUGUUGACAGUGCUAGAACUCAGUAAUAACUAAAUGUUUACUCCAUUGUCUAUGUAUACUUUGAAGAUGUUUAUGUUGAAGAAAGAGAACUGUGUAUUACUUAAUUGCCAAGAUCUUCAUUAGAAAAGCCCAAUGAAGUUGAUGACAUUUGAAUAUUUUUUUCUCAUUUCAGUGGCAUGAAUGCACAAUAAGAAAAUGUAUAUUUAGAUUUAUAACUGUUUUUUUUGUACAAAUGAUUACUGAAAAUGUUUUUGAAAAAUACAUACUUUAUCAGUUAUUGUAAAUUUUCAGCUUUAGGGAUUUUGUUUAAAAGAUAACAGAAGAGUGACAUGAUAUUAUUACAAGCAUCUACUAUCACUCUGUUUUAAGGAUUCAUUAAAGAAUAAGAGCAAGCUUUACAUGAUAAGAAAAUAAAGAGAUGUGGUAUCAUUGCAAUUGAGAUCACUACAUAUAGACCACUGGAGAAAUAUGUGAACAAUUUACAUAUAGAUAAAACUGUUUCUAAUGUUCACUUUUUGUUAACUAGAAUUUAAAUUAUCAUAUAAUUAGGAAAUCAUGGAAAUACUGGAAUGCCUUUUUCAUGGUGUCUACUUUAUGUUCAAAAAUCAUUAUUUUAACUAUUCAUUAUUUUGAAUGGUUUCUUGUAUAAAUAAAGGAAACAUCAUAUAUUAUCUUUAUGACAAUUUCAUAUGCUUGAUUUCAAAGACAAUGGAAAUAUUGGAUAUGUUCUUAAUUGAAGUCUUAAACACUUUUUAUAUUGAAUGGCAAUAAAUGCUUAUUCCAUAUAUACAAUUGUUGUUGUAUAAUCGAUAUCACAUUCUGGAAUUUGCAUAGAUUAUUUAACAAGAAUUAUGAUAGUACUUAUUAAAUUCUAUUUUAUGUUAGUGUUAAUUAAAAAUUGUUACAUAAGUUCAAUAAAGCAACAGUGAGUAUAUCAAUCUUGUAUAAACUCAUCAAAGGUACCAGGCUUAUAAUUUUGUACGUAAGUAUCAUGUAAAAUGUUUUUUUAUGUAAUGAAAAAAGAUUUUAAGAUCAGGUGAAUAACACUUUUGAGCAUGUUUUCAAUGACUGAGCAUGCACUCUUUCCUAUAGUAUUAUUUAGUAUUGUUUUACUUAUACCUGUUUGUCUAAUAUAGAUCUGAUAUUAAAGAAAUAAGUGUUUUUUUCAGAAUUGAUUUAUAUUGUAUGUACUUACUUGUAUCUUGUCAUUUCUCUAAUCAUAAGAAAAUAGAGAAAGGUAAGAAAAGAGUACACAUUAUACCUCUUCAUAUGUUCAUAAGCUCAUCACAAAAAUGAUUGACUGUUAUUUAGGGACUGGUGUAGCUGGCAGUUUAUCUCUUAAAAUUACUUCACAAUGUGUUGACUUCAGGUGAUUUAGAGCUUUACAUAUUGGACACUUUUGUAUUGUUGAACCCAGGAUGUCUUUGAUAUUUUAAGUCUUUUUUGUACUUUAAAGAUGUAACAAAACUGCUAUAUUUGCCAGCAAAAUAUUGAGACCAGAUUAGUUCUGUCAUCUGCAUUGUUAAAGUAUAUUGUUUAUAGUAGGGUUUUAAAAUAUUUCCAGUACAUUUCAAUAUUUACUGCAGAAAUAGUCUAGAUGAUUUUACGUCCGACAAUUCUUUACUUUACUAUAGUUUUGCAACAUAAUGAAGGCUCGAAAUAAAAAUAACAAAAUCAAAAGGGUUGGGAAAAUCCAUAUCAUCUAGAAAUAGGAUGAAUUAUCUUUCUAUUCACAAAAUAUUUCACAAUAACCCUCAGUGUGUAUAAAUUGAUCAGAACUGUCAUUUUAUUUAUGUAUUUAGAAAUCCAUAUACACUUAUUUAAAGUAACAUACAAGUAUCUACCGAAAUUGAUUGUCAUUUGAUUUGAUAUUUAAAUCCAUAGCAUAUAAUAAUCAUGUAUUUAUUUCUAUGUUAAUAGUUUCUGCAUAAUUUCAGAUGUAUGGUAAAUUGUGUAUGUUUUUAUAUGAAAUAAAAAAAUGCAUAAAUUA